GAGUGAUCGGCCUUGCAGAUUUCCAAGCGCUGUGCAACGAUCAGAUCAUCACCAUCCGCCUUCUUAGCUACUACCUACCGUCCCCACGGCCACAGACCAGAAACCAUGGCAAUUCUCCCGAUGACAGAGGCCUUCGCCAACAUUGUCGACCUCCUGCUUCUCGUCGGCCCCCGGGGCCCCGACCAGCAUACAUUCUUUGUCUGCUCCGAGCCCCUCUCUCGGGCUUCCCCCGUUCUGAAAGCUCUAGUGCAGGGGCUGAUGGGCGACCGGGUGCCGCCUACAAGCGAGCGGACCCUCGAACUUGCAGAAGACAGCCCCGAGUCCGCUCGGAUCAUCCUCAACAUCGCCCACGGCCGUCCCCAAAAGGUGCCGCAGCGGAUGAAGCCCGAGGCCCUUUACCGGCUCUGCAAGUUCAUACACAAGUACGAGAUCGGCGACAUCCUGGAGCCGUGGGCCGCCUGCUGGUGCGCGCGGCUCGCGGAGCGCCCGCAGGCGUGGGUUCCGCAGAUGUGCGAAUCUUACGCCAAGGCUGUCUGGAUAGGAUGGGUCCUUGGGAAUAGGACGGUCAUCUCGUCGGCGGCCAAAACCAUGAUGCUCACCAUGGACUCUGCGACUUUGGUAGAGCUGAGGAAGCAGGACCCGACCGGCAUCGUUGGACACAUCACCGAGCUCCAGGCCCAGACGGUGGAGGUGCUCGUGGACACCAUCACGGGCUUCUGGGGCGACCUGGUGGAACCCCGAACGGCCGAGCCACGCUGCCGGGUAGGUUUCAGCCAUCAGAAGAGGCGGCAGUGCGACGCGGUGGUGCUGGGCGCCUUCACCGCCUCGCUGCACCUCGAGGACCUGUUCGAGCCCGAGGCCGGCCAGCGGACGCACAACCUCGGCCAGCUCAGGCACAUCGGGGAGCGGAUCGCCGCAAGGAUCUCGAUGGUCAGGGCGGAGGGCCAUUGGGACUGCGGCCCGGGCCGGCAGCUGCUGGAGGCGAUCAGCGAGGUCUUGAAGAAUGCUGGCCCUCUGCUGCCCGAGCGGGCACUCACGCAUCUCGAGGGCCGCGCGGAGGAGCUGGGAAUCACGUGCUAG